AUGCGCUGGAGAUUCAUUGCAACUGAGGAGCAGCAAAGUCCAGUCGGAGCCCGAAUACACGAUAAUGUCCGGGCCGAUAGCCUAGGUUCAUCACCUUCUUCUGGACUGAUUUGGAUGCCACAAUUACCCAAACUAGCAACCGGAAUUGAGAUUUCUUCAGGGUACUUUGAUGCACAAAACGAACUAUGGGCUGAAGAUCGUUUCAUUGAUAAUUUCGAGCCGGUGUCUGUUGCCCACGGUUGCAGCUCGCCAGCCGUAAAGAUGAGGUUGAAAAUGCACCCGAACCAGGCGAUCGCAGCAGAUAUAUAA